AAAAUUUUGAGGUUGUGGAGUUGUGGGAGAAUGUUGAAAGCUAAAAAAAUAUUUAUGUUUUUAUAUUGAAAUUCUGAAAAUCUAUAAAGCAGUAAAAUGGAAUUUACAGCAGAUAAUUUAGAAAAAGCGGUUACUUUAUUUUAUCGGACUGAAGCUCAUCAACAAGCAGAAGCACAUCAGUGGUUAACAGAAGCUCAAAAUUCUCCCCUUGCAUGGAGUUUUGUUUGGGAACUUCUUAAUCCUCAAAGAAGUUCUGAAGUUCAAUUUUUUGCUGCUACCACACUUCACACAAAACUUAUGAAGCAUUGGAAUGAAAUUCCUGAAGAUCAUUAUGAAUUGUUGAAGAAAAGAAUUUUAGAUUCCAUAAUUAGUUAUGCCAGUGGCCCAAAAAUUAUUUUAAAUCGUCUUUGUAUUACGCUAUCUGCUUAUAUAAUUCAUACUGUACCAAACCACUGGCCAAAAGCAUUUGAAGAGCUAGUAUCAAGUUUUCAACCACAAUAUCUACCAAAUGUUGAACCAGAGAGAGUAAUUUGGAUAUUAUUAGAAAUUCUAACUGUGAUACCUGAAGAGUUUCAAAGAACUACAUUGGCUUUGAACCAAAGGAAUAGAGUCAGGCAGGUUCUUCAGGAUGUUUCAAAGGAUAUAUUAACAGUCGUGGAAAUGUGUUUGAUGCCCAUACCUGCUGCAGGAUUUAACAUGGGUAACUUAACAACUUACCUAAAUGCAUCAAGAUGCGCAUCUGCAUGGAUACAAUUGGGGGGUCUAAAUAUGGAUGAAUGUAAUUCAGUGAAUAACCUCCUCAUUGAUCUUACAUGUUAUGUUUAUUGGAAUAAGUCUGAUCCAGAAGGAUUAUCUGGCGAUGAAAUGGAUUUGAUGGAAAUAACAGUAGAAGCUCUUACAGCAAUUUUUCAGCAUCCUAACACCCACAAGUAUAAAAAUCAUGUAUUUAAAUAUGCUGCUCAAAUACUUCACAAAUUCGAUAAGAUAUUGGAUGUGGAAAGGAAUCAGCAGGAUAUGAAUAAAGAUGUUGUAGCCACAUUAUACGGUUUAGUAAUAGCUAUAGGUGACACUCACUCCAGAGUUUUUAUUGACAAUUUAAAAUCACAAGAUCCUGAAGCACAACGAGUUUGCUUUGAUUUGUUAAAUUUCAUACUGAAAUGUUCAAAUUUACCUGGUUUCUAUCCUAUAGAUGAGUCUAGCAGCACACUUACUUUUGGAUUUUGGUACACUUUGCAGGACGACAUAAUUUCUUUGGAAGCUCCUGAAUGUGCCUCCCUCAUUCUGACAGUAAAACCGUAUUACAGAGAUCUAGUCUGUGUAAUGUUGAGGAAAUCAAUGUUUCCAGUAGUUGAUGAUAACAACUGGAGUUUAGAUGAUAAAGAAGUAUUUAGGUGUUACAGACAAGACAUAGCCGACACAUUCAUGUAUUGUUACGUAGUCCUUAACUUGGAAAUGUUGGAUAUUUUAAUGACGAAACUGACUGAAGCUUUAAGGACAAACAAUUCAAGUGUACCUGUUCAAUGGAACGAAGUAGAAACCGUCCUUCAUGCUUUUGGAGCUGUCGCUGAGAGUAUUGAAUAUGAGAACCUUUACUUACCCAAAUUGAUGACCACGAUAAAGAACAUACCAUUUAACGAACUACACAUAAAGGUUAUGGCGACUGCUUUAGAAACUGUAGGUGCCUUUUCAGAAUGGUUUAUGGAUCAUCCGGACUUACUGGAAAAUAUUUUUCCGUUAGUACUCACGGGAUUAGGCAAUCCUGAAGUAUCAACCAGUGCCACGAUGGCAUUAAAAGACAUAACCCAAAAUUGCCAAAAAUACCUAGCGCCCUUUGGUGAACAUAUCCUAAUUGCUUCACAGACAGUAUUACAAAGUGGCAAUCUAAAACCUGCAGAGUGUCGAAGACUGAUGUAUAGUAUAGGACGAGUAUUAAGUACGUUACCAGUUGAUAGGAUAAUGACUUACCUUAAUAUGAUAUUAGCGCCAUCUUUUGAAGAUCUUCAAAAGUACAGCGAAGCUGACCCCACGCCAGCAAUAAGUAAUUCUUUGGUAAUAAGACUGAGGCUGAUUGCAGCUCUAUUUAGUUCGUUGAGCAUCGAAAGUGGGGAGAAGAAAGUAGAACAGCCAAUUUUAGUUGUAAUGCAAAAGAUGAUGCCAAUCUUUAGGAUAAUUGGAGAGAAAUAUUGUAGAAAUGCAGAAGUUAUUGAGGAUUUGAGUGUAGUUUUCAAAUGUGGUGUAAGCACUCUGAAGGAUGAUUGCAAACCUUUAAUAAAUGACAUUUUGCAAUUAAUAGUCACAAUAUAUCGAGAAUAUCCGCAGUCUACUAUACUAAAUGUAGCAAAAACUGUUUUAAUACUGUUUGGUAGAGAAGAUGAGUUCUGUAGAUUGAAUCAGCAACUUCUUUACGAACUUGCCAAUACAACAAUGCAAAUGUGCGCCCAAUAUAAUACGACCAAUCAACUUUCAGAGAAGUCUGACGUCCUUGAGGGUUUUUUUGGAAUGUUGGCUGCUCUGGCUAAGAAAGUACCGCAACUACUUACCACUUGCGGUGUAGAUAUUGCUGCGCUCUUUCAAUGCGCUAUCCUCUGUCUAGUGUUACCAGAAAUUCAAGCUGUGAAGCAAGUUUCAAGUUUUUUAGUACAAUUUAUAUCUCUAAGUAGAGAAACGUCCCUCGCUCAAGUGAUACAAGCGUAUGGUGAAAGUUUAGUUUUAAGGAUACUCAUGAAUUUAGGAAGUACAGCCCCCAGAACCUCGGUAGACAUUUUUAGUGAUAUUUUAUUAGCUUUGAAUAAAAAAUACUGUGAUAAUCUAAGUAGGUGGUUAAACUCUCUUUUGGCCCAAGACGGAUUUCCAUCUCCUAGAAUUACUGCGUCUCAAAAAGAAGCAUUUGUUAAGUCAAUUUUAAGAGAAAAAACCAGUAAAAGAAGAGUAUGUGAUACAGUUUUAGAAUUUACUUUAAUAUGCCGAGGGAUACUUAAACCGGAAUAAACACAAAUAAAAUAAAAGCUUUAACUUCCAAUGGAAUCAAAAUUCCGUCAUCGUCGUCCAUGUAUCCAUAGUAGUCCGCAUCAAUGUCUUUCAUUAGUUCUGCUCUACUUUUCCUUGGAGGAGGAGGCGGCUCCUGCUCAAAAAGUUCUCGAACACCUUACAAAAAAAAGCAAUUUUAAUGGUUUGAAAAAUCUUCAAUGAAUAUACUGUUAACUUUGUUGUCAAAAUCAAAAAUUGUUUAUUUCUCAGUAUUAUGUGUUUUAGUAUAUUUAGGCCAGGAACCGAAGCUUUUCACCUCGCAAUUUUUACAGAAUGGAUCGAUUUGCUUGAAAAUUUGAGAAUAAGUAGUGGAUAGUCCAACGAUCAAAAUCUAUAUGAUGCCGAAAGGCGCUUUUGACAUGGGGGUGGUUGCCACCCCGUCUCGGGGGUGGAAAUUUUUUAUUAUAUUUUGACCGCAAAAGUUGAUAAAAUUAUUCAUUCUAAGCAAAAAAUGUUCUAUACAUUUUUUUGAUAAAAUUAAUAGUUAUCGAUUUAUUCGCUAUCAAAAGUGUUAAUUUUGUAUAGAAAAAAUCAAUGUUUUUCGAUAUACUUACUCAUUUAUGAUUCACUCAAUUUUUGCCGUAGAAAAAUUUUUUUCAAACCAAGUUUUUGGGAAUUAAUGCCUGGUUGCACCAACAGAUCUUAAGUUCCAGAUUAGCUAAGCUCUACUUAUAAAUAGGGCCUCCUUGAGUAUCACUUACGUUGCACCAUAAUUUUAGAUUCUUACCUUAUUAUCAAUUAUAUCUAUUAUUAUAUUAUGGUAUUCUUAUUGUAAUGUAUUAUAUUAUAUUAUAUUAAUUCUUAUGAUAUUCUCGACUUAAGCUUAAGAUCUGUUGGUGCAACCAGGCAUAAAUAACCUACAAUUUUAUAUUAAAAUAUUUUUUCCUAUCCCUGAUGCUAAUGUUUCUAUUCUAAAGAAAAUGGUAUUUUUUACCAAACUACAAAAAUUCGUUAUUCGCUUUUAACUCCAGUUUUUUAAAAACUAAUCAUUCUAAGCCAGUCAAACUUUUAGAAUCUAUUAAUAAUACAUAAAUAAAUAAGAAUGAAUAAGGCCAAUGACUAAAAACACCGCUAACUUACAUUAUUAUGUUUUCAAUUGGAUUUCUCCUUUUUUUUUUUUCAAAAAAAUAUAUUGAUUUUUUGACUGUAACUUUUUUAUUUUUUAUCUUAGAAAGUUUGGUAAAAACAAUUUGAUAAGUUUUUACAAGAUCUAUAAGACUAUUAAUAUGAAAUCUUUUUAAAAUCCUCAGUCGCAAAAAGAGGUGACUUUGAAAGGGUUGGUAAAGGUGGUUUUUGCAUGUUAUUACAAGCUUUAAUUGUUAAUAGCUCACUCAAUUUUUACCGUAGAAAAAAUUUUUCAAACCACGUUCUUGGGAGUUACAUAAACUACAAUUUCAUAUUUAAACAUUUUUUCGUAUCUCUGAUGCUAAUCUUGCUAUUCUGAAGAAAAGGCCAUUUUUUUCUAAACUACAAAAAUUCGUCAUUCACUUUUAACUCCAGUUUUUUAAAAACUAAUCAUUUUAAGCCAGUCAAACUUCUAGAACGUAUUAAUAAUACAUAAAUGAAAAAGGUCAAAUAAUGUCAAUGACCAAUUUUAAUUAGGGUAGUGAUUACGGGGUUGCUUGCGAUCACUUUUUUGAUGAAAAAAAUAUGGACUGACAUUAUUUUCAUUAUAAGUCACUUAAUUUUUAAGCUAGAGACUUUUUUAUUUCUGGAGAUAGAUAUUUUUAAGUACUUUAAAUUAGUUUCAACAAGUUGUUCUCUAAAAAUGCAUAGUUUUCUCGACUUUUGACUUUGAAACUACAAUAUUUAGCAUUUGACGAAGAAGAUCCAUCAUAUAAUAAAGUAUAGCUCGAUUACUCUUGGUCUUAAAGAAAAUUUAAAAAAACGGUUUUUUUUUAUUUUUUCAAAAGGUACAUUUUUGUUAAGUUGUUUUGAUAAAACGAAAACUUUUGGAGUUUAGCGAAUAAAUCGAAAUAGCGAAUAAAUCGAAAACUAUCAAUUUUAUCAAAAAAAUGUAUAGAACGUUUUUUACUUAGAAUGAACGUUUUUAGCAACUUUUGCGAUUAAAAUAUAAGAACGAAUUUCCACCCCCGAGAUGGGGUGGCAACCACCCCCAUGGUAAAAGCGCCUUUCAGCAUGAUAUAGAUUUUGAUCCUUGAACUAUCCACUACUUAUUCUCAAAUUUUGAAGCAAAUCGAUCCAUUCUGUAAAAAUUGCGAGGUUUUGUCCUAUUUUAAGCAUCAUUAUUUGGACUAAUUUGUCGGUUUUAUGUGUUAUAUAGUUUACAGUCAAUUAAAUUGAUAAAAUUUUAAGUUGUGUCGGAAUGUUAAGUAUUAUGGUCAAGUAUAACUAAAAAUCAUAAAAGUUUGAGUUAUUAUCAUUAGCUUGAAAGAUAUGAUCAUUCGGCAGUUUGGCCAAGCAGUUGCCAAAAAAUCAAUAUAAAAAACUGUUCAAAAUAAUUUUCGACUGGUGCCUAUUCUAAGGAUGAGUUUCUUGACAUCUGAAUAAAUACACAGUCGCCAUUCCUGACUGCUGGCUGAUAUUCUUCACACAAUGUCAUUCAACACUCUGUUGUCUUCUUACCUUGCAAAAUUAGCUAAAUUGUCCCCAUUACACGUCACGUACCCAAGUAUGAUAUUAUAUUUCUGAUUUGCACAGUACUCAUAGCUUCCAGAUUGUUUUUUAUGCUUUGUAUACAGUGAUUUUGUGACACCACCAAAAGUGUAUAGCUUCUUAAAACUCAUGUUUUUGUAUCAUUGUUCAGGUGCAUAUUACAUAAAAUGUUUCUAAGGCAUUUAAAGACAGUUCUCAUCUUUUUUAUGAUCUAACUUUGUGUGAGUAAUUCCAUUUCUCAUUUAGACAAUGAUAUGUAACUUGGUCUACUGUUUCCAAAGCUUCAUUAUUCAUUUGAAAUUAGUGCUGUAAAUUAUCGUUUUUGCACAAUAUCAUGUCAUAUUUAUCACAGGCCUCAUCCUUCACACUAUUACCCAUCAUAAAUAUGUUCCUAGCAUCUGUGAUAAGUUCCUUUCAGAAUUUCUGAGUUUGUAUUGAAUUAUGUAGGUAAUAAAAUCUAGCCUUGAUGAACUCAUCAUUUUAUUUUAAAUUCUUGUGAGAUUUUGUUGCCUAUUUGUACAGUCACUUUUUGUUGUAAUUAUUUAUAAUUUCUGAUUGAACAUAAAUCUUUGUCAUAUAUACUGAUUCCUUUAAUAUUUGAAGUAUGUUGUAAUAUUGUUAAAAGCUUUUUCGAAGUCAAUAAAGCCUAAAUAAACAGCCAGUUUAUAUCCAUAGCUCUUUUUGGUCAAAACUUACAAAAAAUAAUGCUUCUCAUGUUUCAAGUUAGUUUGUAAAGCCAAACUGAACAUAAAGUUUUCACCAAAUUUUCUACAUAUGCGAGAGUGAAUAACAUCAAGGAUUUUUAAGUGCGUGGUUUAUAAGUUCUAUAUAUUGUAGUCUAAGAAUCUGAUGACACCCGUCUCUUGUUUUUAGGAAGAGAAAUUAAGAUUUCUACUAAUUUUAGUUUCCGAUUUAGAAUUUAUUUAUUUUUUAUGGUAAUAUAAUUCUGGUUUUUGAUAACUUUUUGGGAAAAGUGAGCUGGAGAUUUCCAAAUAGAGAUAGAAGUCUUUAAGAGAGGAAUUGGAAUAGGUCAUUAUCUGAAAACACUGAAAAUUAUAUCAAUUUCUUCUUGGAGCAGCUCAAAAUUGGUUUCACAAUAAGUUUUGUCCACUAUUUUUAUCAGGUGAAUUUUACUUGAGUUCAAAAGCUUUUGUGGGUGAUUUCGAUUUCUUUUUUUAAACAAAAUGAUUUCAUGAAUCUCUUGCAAACAUAUACAAAUCCUAUUACUCACUGAGCGAAACAUUGAAAUUACCUAUAUCUUCCCAGUUUUAUUAUCUAGUUUAUAUGUUCCCUGUUCAAUUUUGAUUGCCAAGGGCAUAAUGAUUAUCAAAACGAUUUGAUAAAAAAAUAUUAUUUUUAAAUAUUAAUCCUAGAAUACACUAUUGAAUUUUAUUUUAAAACAAUUAAAAAUUGUAUUGGAUAACAAUAAUUAUAAAAAGUUUGGUCCUUUAAACAGUUUAAGCAUAUGAAGAAAAUGAAUAUUCAUAGUAUUGUAUAUGCAUAUUCAUUUAAAAGUAAUUGUUACUAAAGUUAAAGUUACUUGGUAUAUUUUUGAAUUGUAAAGCAAGUCACACUAUUUUAAAAAAUUUGUUUUAUUUUGUUUAGACAUUUAGGAUACUAGUACACUUUAGAAGACCAAAAAUAAUCAUUUUUUUUCAAGAAUUUUUUCUCCAAACCUUUAUUAAAAAUGAACAUAAAACGUUUUACAUAUUAAUAUCUAACUCUUAGCCCGGCCGCACAUCAAAGAAACAUGAAACGUAAAUUACGUUUCAUGGAAAUAAACCACUGCUAAACAAAUAUAUAUCCGGCCAUUUAUGAGACUCUCCGAAAAUAAAAAUGUGUCAUGAGCAUGAAUCACACUCGUUUCAUUAGUAGGCGGACUUUGAGAUUUUUUUAGCAGUGUUUUCUUUUCAUGAAACAUGUUUUUCGUUUCAUGUUUUUCGUUUCAUGUUUCUUUGGUGUGCGGCUUGGGUUAGAGAGUACAAAAAAUAUAUCUUUUUUUCAUUUAUGCACGUACACUAAUAUUGUAGAGGGCGUAAAAGUCGAGGCCUCGAAAAAUGAUGGCGGACAGUUAAUCUCAGGAUUGGGAUAUCUGAAACAAAAAAAUAGAACUGCAUUUGAAAAAGGAAGGUUUUCUACGUGACAAUUUACCAGAAUUUGACCAAAAAAUAAAAAAUAAAUAUUUUUUAACCAUUAAAAACUGAAGAAAAUUUCAAGAUUUUUUCAAAUUUCCGUAAAAUCUUUUUUUGCGGAAUUGUUUACUAACGGUGGUAAAUUGUCACGUAAGAAACCUCCCUUUUUGAAAUGCCGUACGAUUUUUUUAUUUCAGAGAUCCCAAUCCUGAAAUUAACUGUCCGCCAUCGGAACUACUUUUUUUCGAGGCCUUGACUUUUGUGCCCUCUAAAAUAUUAGUGUACGUUCAUAAAUGAAAAAAGAUAUAUUUUUUGUAUUCUCUAAGAUAUUAAUAUGUAAAAAGUUUUAUGUUCAUUUUUAAUAAAGGUUCUGAGAAAAAAAUCUUGAAAAAAUGCUUAUUUUUGGUCUUCUAAAGUGUACUAGUACCUUCGAAAAUGAUUACUUAGUGCCUACAAGCACAAACGAAUUUUUGAUGACAAAGUACAUUUCCAAAAUGUUAUGAAUUUUAAAAUAUGUCACAAAUAACACUAAAAAUUUAUUUAAUUAUAUAUAAUAUAUAAUUUGUCAGUCAUGAUGUUAAUAAUUCAAAGCAAUGUAUUUGAAGGGUACAGGAAUAAAAGGGGCUCAUCGACAUUUGUUCGUUUUGAGUAAAUAGAUAUUUAAGGGACAGUGUUCUUUCGCUGAACACACAUAAACAGCCCCUUCUAUCGCUUUUUAGCCUGCAUAAUUUUAUGAAAUAUAAGCGGAAUGAGCCCCGUUUAUCAACUUUUAAAAGCACUGGAUGAUUCGCCAUAAAAUUUGAAACAACUUAGCAUAAUAAAGUGUAAAACUCAAAAAAUGUCGAUGAGCCCCUUUUAUUCCUGUACCCUUCAUUUAUUUUAGAUUUGUGAUUGUCACAUACAAUAGCAAUAUUUGUGAUAAAUGUUCUAAUUUAUCGUAAAAAUAAUUUCAUAGAUUCAAUCUGGUACUGCCUUUCUAUUUGUUCAACUGUAAUUUUCUCAUUAAUUUAAAUAAAAUCUUACAAAAA